GUGUAGUGGGGAGGUGAUCAUACUCAGUGCAUGGCCACUCUAUAAGAUGCUCAUUUGCAUUUGCCUCGCUCUUUCUGACUGAUUGAAACUUAACACCAGAGGUAACUGUUCUCUCUCUGUCAAGAUUUAUUUUGGUUAAGACAAGUUUUGCUUUCUGUGACUGCUCUUUGGGGAGGUGGUCGUUUAUGUGAAGGAUUUCCACAUUUCUCAUAUCUGGAAGUGGAAUUUGUUUCUUCCACUACUUUUUGUCUUGUCUUGUCUGCUGACAAGACAACCUGAGGAGUCAUACUGUACAACCCACACUAGUGCUUGGUCUUGCUCUGGGAAAUCUCUCUGUGUCUCUCGUUGUGUGCUGGGACCCCUGGUGCGUGGACCUCGCUCGGGUACUACUUGACUACCUCUUGGAGGAUCCUUUUUCAGUUCCUUAUAAUCUCUGAUCGGAGAGAUCAUGGCUGAGGGUGGUGUCCCGUACCCCUCCGUGUUCAUGGUGGAUAGCCAUGCAGCCUACCCACCGCUGCCCCCCAAACCGAGACCUCCUGGUCGGGGUGGUGUGGCCCAAAGCCUGCUGUUCUUGCUGGUUGGUCUGGCUUUGUGUGGCUUGGCCAUAGAGGCCUGCUUCAUCUACCACCUCUACUCCAAACAGGGAUCUGCGGAGUCAGGGUCAGCUAGUAUGAGUAUCCAAGACCAUGAGGAAUUUCCGAAGGAGGUUCCCCCAACUUCAAGACCAAACCCUAUUGUGUUGCCUUCAAAACCUGUUGCACAUUUGACAGCUGGACCUCAAGCACCCCAUGGAGAUGGAGUCAUGGUAUGGAACAUGCAGGCAGAACCAAUCCUCCAUGAAAUGGAGUACAAAGAUGGGAAGCUUGUCAUCCAGAAGGAAGGCUACUACUACGUCUACUCUAAGAUCUUCUUCAGUGAGGUCGAUGUUGCGUUCACACACUCGGUCUGCAGAACUACUCCACGGUACCUUGGGAAGAACAUUGAACUCCUUAAGUCCAGGAGAUAUCACCCCAAGUUUGGGAAAAUGAUGUCCACAUCAAACAGCUACCUGGGAGGGGUGUUCCACCUCUUUGAAGAUGACUCCCUCUUUGUCAAAGUGAAAAAUGUCACUCAAGUUCGGAUACAAUAUUCCACAGAGAACGUGUUUGGUAUCUAUAUGAUAUAAUACGGGUUGAUGAUGAAGAUACAUUUUUUUAUAUAGCUGGCUGAUUAUCAUUGGUUUAAGGCAUAAUAAUACUGUAGGCCAAUUUACAUGUAAUAUUGCUACGCAGGGCCUUCCCCCUUCCCGGCACACCCUCAUUUUCUUUAAACAAAUCCUUGCAUCAAGAUGCAUUUCGAUGAGUGGAAAAUGUACUGUUGACGAAAAAGCCCCUUUAUAAUAAAGUCAUGUGGCAUACACUAGGCUACAGAUGAGGCGUUUUUAGGAUUUCCACACAUGGGGAUUUUUUUUUAGCAGGGUCAUAAAAGAAUCCACCUUUUAAAAAACGCAUGUCAUGCAGUUCUACGUCAUUUACAUACAUACCUAAAGACAUUAGUUGAAUCUUUUAAUUACCACACAACUGACUGAAAUGGCUGGCUACUCUGACACUGACCAACUGAGAUCAAUCUGGUCUUGAAUUCAAACAAACAAUAGCCCAGGCCAAUGAAGCGACACACGGAUUGUACAAUAUUCGGAGGAAAUAUAUAUAUAUAUAUACAGUAUAUACUUUAUAUCAUCGGUUACAGUAGGUUACUAAAUAAAACGUUGAGUGGCACACUGACUCACCUGAUGAUGAAGAUGAAGCCAUAGGCUUCUCACGGUGAGGGCUGAUGCGCUAGCUGUGGCAAUAGCCUAUCUCAAGAUGAGCUACUUUGAAAAAACAGUGCUGCUGUUAGCUAAAAAUUGGGAGUUGUUAAGAUUUUUUAAAAAUUGGUUCUAAAGACUGAUUAGUCUUCUCUUUUCACCAGUAGGCAUUUGUUUUCCAAACAGUGUGUUUUUCCCACAAUUUCAUUUUGAAAUCUACAAUCCAUAGAUCCAUAGUUGGCAGUUCCCAUUCAAGUCAGAACUGGCAUCCAUUGCUAGUGUACCCAUGAGUUUAACAGUCAAAUGCCCAGGGUAAGAGGUUACAAAACACUUCAAUGGAGUAUAUAUCUAUGGCCAAAAAGCAACAAGCUGUAGCCUAUUUGGGGCGCAUGACCUUCCUGACUGUAGGCAUACCAGUAACUGCCAAAAUAAAGGAAACACAUGAGUAACCAAGGGAUACAGUAUGUUAUGGUAUGGGGUGCAUUUUCCUGGCAUGGUUUAUAUCCACAUGUAUAAUCUAAAAGGCAUUGAAGCUGUUCUGGCAGCUCAUGGUGGCAGCACCCUUUUAAGACACUUGUUGUUGGUGUUUGCUUCAUUUUGGAAGACAUCUGUAUGUGCUUGUGAUAAAACUUAAUUAACCGUUUUUUUUUUAAAAUAAACGAUUUAUCCUCUGUGGCUGAAUUAUGCUCUCUGGUGUAUUUUGAACAUUGAGAGCCGGCGCCUGUGGUUGGAUAAAAAUAUAUAUAUAUAUAAAAUACAAAGUAUUAUUAUUUUUUGCCUCUUGGGCCCAGUCCUUGACUCACACAAUUGACCAGUCCUAUUUAUUUAUUAUGCAGUUAUUUUUUAAAAUUAUUAAUCAAUUACCCAAUCAAGACAGGGGACCCCCUACCUCCUCUCCUCCCCCCAUCUGAUGAUUAGUAGAGCGGCAGCAGGCAGCAGCUAGACUCAUUGAGAGCAGGGUCCUGAGUCUUCCUGUGAUUGAGUAUUGAGUGAAAAAGUAUAAAAUAUAUGCUACAGAUAUAAUAUAUACUACAUAUAAUAUAUAUGUAUAUAUAACAUAUAAUAUAUACAGUAUAUAUUUCCUUAAUAAUUAAACAUUUAUUUAAAAACCAAAAAAUUAAUUGCUGCCUCUCGGGCCCCCAAUGGGCCUGGACACAGAUGUUUCAGCCCUGGUAAACCCCUGCAUUAAUCCGGCCCUGUUGCUAAGGUAAAUCAUAAAAUUGGAUAAAAUUAUAAUAUAUUGAUUGAUUUAGCUUUUGUAGAGUAAAACCAUUUUUUAUCAGUUUUGGUGGUGAAAGUGCUGAAUAACAUUAUUAGGGAUGUUUGUAUUCACUCAGUGUUACUUCUCUUUUGUAAGUAGUGUUGUUAUUGAUGGGGGUUUUGGUCAGGAGGUAACACAUUAUGUUGAUAGUCUGCCAACAAGAACAAAAGAACUGUAUGAACGUUACCUCUGUAUGCUGGGGUUCAAUGCAUAUUUACAGACAUCAGCUCUUUAUUCUCUUACUUGUAUGUUAUAUUGACCUGAUUAAAAAUUAUAUAUAUAUAUAUAUAUAUAUAUAUAAUAGUAUAAGGAAAUACAUAAUAUAGAUAUAGAGAAAAAUAUUUAGAUAUUUAGAUAAUUCGAUAUAUUGACAAGUAGAUAUAUUCUAUGUUUUUGAAACGAUUUAAGAAUACCUGAUAUUCAGGUAAAUUGCAUGUAAACCACUGCAUAGUGUUUUCAUUUUUUUUUAAAUUAACCUUUAUUUAACCAGAAGGGCUCAUUGAGAUUAAAAUCUCUUUUUCAAGAGCGCCCUGGCCAGGAUAGGCAGCACCAAGUCAUUACAAAAAAUUAAAACCAUUGAAUUCACAAGAGUAUAACAAAAUGUAAUAAGAUCAGGGAAUCAGCCUCAAAAUCCUUCAUCAGUGAUUUAAAAACACCAAUGUUUUUAUGUGUUCAUGAUAAGGUCAAAUGUUGGACUAUCUAUUUCCCUCUUUGUAUACCCUCCAUAAAAUGACCAUGUAAUUAACUCAUUUCAAUACCCUCGACAUGUUGUAUUUCACCUUUUGGUGUUUUAUAUUUAUUUAACAUUUUAUACAAAUGUAAAGUAGUCAUUGUCAUAUUCUGAUAAACAGGACUUAUCAACUUCCAUAUAUAGUGAGAAAUAAAAAUAUAUACAUGUUUUUUUCUUCUUCUUGGACGCUAACGCUAUGCAAGCAGUAGGCUAUAGCUGUAACACAUACUGGGUAUUUUGUAUAUUCUAUCCUGCAAAUAUUCAAAUAAAUACAUUUGGAAUUUUUUAUCUUU